CCUCGUCUGUUGGCGUCCGAAGUCUUAACUCUCGCUUGAGCUGUGCCCUUUCGCAGAGGCAGCACAGCUUCGCAGGGUCGUGCCUGCCCAGCAGCCGUGGCACUUCGAUGUCCUUUCCACAGCCUUACCCGCAGGCGCCCUCGCACGCAAACAUGUCCAAUAACAUGGCCGACCACCACCAGCGACAAAAUCCAUCCUACCCGUCGCCCAGCCAUUCCUAUCCUUCACCGCAGAUGCCCGCCUACACCUACCCCCCGCCCCAGGGCCAGCCGGGCGCGGAGCCCUACCGCUCGCCGCAGGGCACCAACAUGAAUCUGCCGCCGCUCAACCUGCCGCCGAUACGUGUCGACGGCCAGCAGCAGCAGCAGCACAUGCCCCAUCAGCAGCAUCAGCAGGGCCCGCCCAUGGGCUCGCCGCUCCCGCAGCAGCACCAGGGCGUGCCGCAGUACUACGCGCACCCAGGGCACCCGCCGCCCGGCCAGAUGCAAAUGGGUUCGCAGCACCUUGCCAUGCGCUACCAGCUCCCGCCGCAGCCCGGGGAGCAGAGGAUCCUGUCGGGCGGGCGCCAUAAGAAGGAGAUCAAGCGGCGCACAAAGACAGGCUGCCUGACGUGUCGCAAGCGUCGGAUAAAGUGCGACGAAGCGCACCCCGUGUGUCGCAACUGCCAGAAGAGCAAACGCGAGUGCAUGGGCUACGACCCCAUCUUCAAACAACAACCAGGCCCCGCAAAUCUCCAGCCCGCGCCCAACACGACGCAGCACCAGCCCUCCGUGCCGGCAACUUCUCCGCCGGCCUCCGCAUCGUCGCAGUACAGCCCACAGGUGCCCCAAGGGUACGCGCCCGCAUCCACCGUCGGCUACGCACCGGCCGCUUCGACGGCGAGCUCAACGCCCUCGCACCACGACAACUUCAAUAACCCCGCCAUUGACCCUGCACUCGCUGCCACGGACCCCGCGAUGAACGGGCAGCCAGCCUACAACGGCGCGCAUGCGCUGCAGGCUGGGCUUCGUGGCAGUCCGUACUCGUCGGCCGCACCGGAAGCACCACUCCUCAAAGGGCGACCCCUGCGGAUUGAAGAGAUAUUUUCCAUUUGCGGGUACAACCCACCAGAGGUCCCUCCGCGCCACGGAGGCUUCCCUCGCGAACUUGAUGAUGAGUUCUCUUUCAUAUUUAGCAAGGACUACUGCAUGGGACUCGAUGCCAUGUUGGAGACGAAUUGGUUCUCCUCCAAUAACAACGCCAUAACGCGUGUUCUGAGUGACCAAAGUCUCCACGAGGAGGCACACUUCUUCGUCGAGACGGUCAGGACCAAGACCGGCGCUGCGGAUGUGAGCCAGAUAUUCAGCCAAGAGACUCGUCUCAUCUGGCAUCUGCUAGGCACAUGUCGGAUACCAUCGAAUGGCGCUAACGACAACGUCAACAACCCUGAACAUGACGAUUUGUCACUGAAGGAAGCCCGAGCUCGAUAUGAAGUUUUGGAAGCGCUUCUGACCAACCAAACCUUGGAGGCGAACCCAAUACGCCAACUCUCGUACCCUGGUGGGCUUUCGGAAGAAGAAAAUGAUAAGUUCGUUUUCUGGGAUUCAGUCGGAGAAUUCGUAGUGCAUGCAAGUACCGACGCUGCGAUAGAAGGGAACGCUGAAGUAGCGCUCACCAGGAUGCGGAAUGUUCUCAAGGCCCGAGAGGUCCGCGAUGCUCUUUACUCGAUUGCUCUGGCACGACAAAUCGGCAACCGCGUCCGCGGCUUCCCUGAUGCGGUUGCCCACCCCAACACGCACGACCCUGAAAAUGACGUGAACAAGCUCACCGUCGCGAUGUCGUUCAUCAGUCACGAAUGCCGAUCUGGUACUCAACAGGUCAUUGCUCGCAUUUGCGACAUGGCUUGCUUGUCCUGGAGAGUCAGUAGAACUUCAUAGCCUGGCGUUCUCACACCCUUCAAUACUCCCUGAUGCACACACACAGGGAUUCUCACGCCGCCACCACUGAGUAUGGCUUAUAUCUACCCGACUGGCCGGUUAGAUCGUACCGCCGCGACUAAUCGAGGACGGCUUCUCACCACUCGACUAGCCGAUUAUGUAACAGUAUCGAAUGGUUGUUUUCCGACACUGCAUCAUUUCACAAGUUCCCUCUCCUUGCCCAUCUCGACUGAUCUGCCUUUGUCUCUCGCUCGAAAACCCUUUAUUCGAUUCUCAAAGCAAAAAUUCAACCCC